GGAAACCGAAACAUAUUGACAACCUAAGUCCUCUCUGUGGGAACGAUUCUUUCUUUCCAUUGCUUCAUUAUAUAUUUUGAGUAGUAAGAAUGUGUAAUUAUUUUUAACACCUACGAUAGCGAUCAAAUUUUGGCGCCGUUGCCGGGGAGGCAGCGGUUGUCAGUUGUUUUUGGUUUCUUAUUUUUUGUUUUUAGUUUAGUUUUUAUUUUUGUUUAUACAUUUCUUAUUUUCUGGUUUUUAAACUUGGUUUCAGAAUCUUAUUUCAGGUACCAAUACUAUGGACGGAGUAUAUUGGAGCAAUGGAUACAGUUUUCAACCUCCUCAACACUAUGACAAUUACCCACCAUCUAUGGGAUAUAAUCAAAACCAAUUUAUUGGCUGUGAUGCAUAUCCUAGACAACCUUAUGAUUAUGAAUGGAUUGCAAGACAUGCAACAAAGGCUAGACCAACUUCACCGUGAUAGAAAGAACGUCGCACAAACCAAUUUCUGCAACACUUUUUCUUACCCGACUCUGGAUCGUAGUUAUGAUCAUUCACCCAUUCAAAGGGAAGAGUCAUGGGAAAGAGAACCUAUUGUAGCAAAUGGUGGUAAGUGUGUGAAUGUUAGAAAACUUGCACAUAAAUUAUACAAGUUGAAAGAUGAUGGAGCCUCGGAAGAGCUUGUUGAUGAAAUUAGUAGGACCAUCCACAUGGAGCUUAAACGACGUCGUGAUAAAGGUGGAGAUAAUGCCUAUGAUGGUGCUGCUCCUUCUGGAAUGGUGCGAAUGCACUGGCUAGCUUAG